AUGAAACGUGUAUUUAUUCCACUUUUUUUACAAGAAUCUAAUGGUUGCUUUGAUUGUCAACCUGGACAUUCAUUCAAGGCGGAUUGGUGUCUUGACCUUCAUGGUUACUUAUCCCGCGACGAGUUUGCUGGUAGACUUGAACAGAUAAAUCAAUAUGUCCAAGAUAUUGAAUUAAUGACCCAUAAAACAAAAAAAUUAUUAUAUUAUAUCGCUUCUGUUGGUGCUAUUCUAUUAUCAAUUAUCUUUCUUCUAUUGAUGCGAGAAAUCGGUCUUGUUGUGAGCUUCUCUAUAUAUACUCCUUUAUUCUUUAUCGCUAAAUAUAUGAUUGAAAAAAAUGCUUGUGAACGCUCAAUAGCAUUUACCAAUCGUUUAAAUGAAUUAUUUGCUCGAUAUAAUGAAAAAGAAACUCCAACUGUUAAUUGGAAAUUCUGGUGGGUCUCUAAUUACAACCGUUAUGUUAAUAAUAUGGACGGAAGAUAUUACGGAAAUGGUCAUAUGAACUCUAUGAAGUUCGGUUGUGGUCUUAGGCUUAGGCUUGCAGCUCUAUUUGUUGAUAAUGCUCUAAUAAUUCUUGAAAUUAAUGAUGCUCUUUCUGAUCUUACCGCCAACACUGUCCGUGUUAAUAUUGCUCCUGAUACCAAUUACCCUAAUACCGCCUACCCUAAAGAGAUGUCCAUCAAUCUUCCUCUUAAUAAUGUCCCCCUUAAUAAUGUUCCUAUUAAUGUUAAUAGUGCUCCUAUUAAUGUGAA